AUGGUGAUGAAUGAUGGCCUGCUACGGGUGUUCUGGCCAUAUGAAGUUGCGUUGUCCGAUGCGCCGGGGGUGAUAGUUGGGUGGAGGAAUUCUGAAUUCGACUUGUUUGUCGUCUCAGUGCUGGAGCAUGUUGAAGCACGCAAUGUGGAAAAUGCGCUGAGGACGGGGAUACUGUAUCGAAACAGCCCGCAUCCGAUAUCCCGCAUCUUUGGACUGUGUGGGAAGCCUGUGAUGCAUGUGCUGGGCUCUACGAACGCGGCAGAGGUGCCUACGGCGUUUACCACGUCGCAUAUACAUGCUACGACGAGUCCGUCUACGGGGGUGCCGCUGAUAUACUGUCCUCCGAACGUGAAGCUGCCGCUGCAGGUGAUCAUGUUCAACCGCCCGCGUCCCACGAAGAUGCAGUACAUGUCUCUACGCCCCAUCCCGCUGGCCCUGGGAGACAAGCACACCAGCUUUGACAAGGGCGGCGGCGGUGGAGAGACGACGCUGGAUGAGGUCGAGGUGGCCGAGAGGGACGCGCGGGCUCAGACAUCGCGACUGAUAGCCAAACGACGGCUGGUGACGGUGGUGAAGCAUGUGCCGUCGUCCAAGGAGCAAGCGCUGGCGGUGCUGAUCAACCAGAUCAACUGCUCGUUCGAGAUGGACCGGCUGCUGCAGAGCAACAUCGGGCUGAUCGGGACACGGCCCAAACGGGCUCUGAGCGUGAGCCAGCGGGUGGUCGAGUCCGCCACGACCGCCUGGGGCGUUGUGCUCUGGGGCAUCACGUACGUCGCGAUGGUGUGGAUAUACCCUAUCAUCACGCAGGGGUUUAUCGCCAUCCUGAUCGGGCACCGGGUGGUUGCUGAGGUGGUGCUGCGGAUCCUCGAAUGGCGCGCUGCCCCUGACGCGGCUGCGCUGAAGGACAUCUCGGCCACGGCGCAGCAGAUUGAUAUCCGGCUGCAGCAGUUCUGCUACUGGCCGAUCCAGUACCUGACUCUGUGCAAGCGCAAGGACGACUGGGAGAGCGUGACGAACAGCCAUCCGGACUACAUUCGGUUCUACAACAGCCUGUGGCUGGUGGCCAACGACGUGAUCAUUGGCAUUGCACUGGGCUCGUAUAUUGUUGAUAAUGCGGAUACGGUGGCCUCUGAGAUCAAUGCGGUGCUGACGGGCUGGACGGUGGACGGGCUGCAGCAGACGAUAUCGUGGCUGAUGGGCUGGCCGGCCGGGCUGAAGCUCAACAACGAGCUGGCCGUCUUCCUGGGCGACCUCUUCCUCUGGGUCAUCGCCCACUGGGCCAGUGCACUGGCAAGCCUGCGGCCGUUCCUGUCGUACGUGGUGUACAUCAUCGGGUGUGCCAGCUUCGCCGGCGCCAGCAUGUCCAUCGCGAUGUUCUCUGACCUGCUGUCGAUCUUCACCAUCCACAUCUACAGCUUCUACAUUGCGUCUGCGCGCAUCUUCAACUGGCAGCUGACGAUCAUCAUCUCGCUGUUCCACCUCUUCCGCGGCCGCAAGCGCAACAUCCUGCGCAACCGCAUCGACUCGUGCGACUACGACCUGGACCAGCUGCUGCUUGGGACGAUCCUGUUUACGCUGCUGUUCUUCCUGCUGCCGACGGUGCUGGUCUUCUACAUCACGUUUGCGUCGGCGCGGAUGGCGAUCAUCUCGCUCAAGGCCGGGCUGGACACUUGUCUGGCCUUUCUCAACCACUUUCCUUUAUUUGCGCUGAUGCUGCGACUCAAGGACUCUCGUCGACUCCCUGGUAUUUCUUCUUUCUACUUCUUCUUUAUUGCUUCUGUUCCACUGUCUCUGCGCGAGAUGUUCGACCAGUACUUCCGCCUCGGCCAGCGCAUCCGACAGCACUACAUGUCCCCGCGAGUGAUCCUGUGUCUUGCCACCGGCCAGUUCGUGCCUCCCAUCCACCGCCGCAACCUGUACAGCCUGCAGUACAGCAUGCUGCCGGCCCAGCGCGUAGGCAUUGUUGAUGUCUGGUCCCGGCUGACUGCAAAGAGCUCGACUAGUGGUGGAAGCAGCGGUGGCAGCAGCCAGUCACUGGCCUUUGUCGCCUUUGUCACCUUCACCUUUGAAGACCUGUGA